AUGGGUCAGGACGACCACACAUGCUUUGCGACGAUUUUCGACGCCGACGUGGCGGUUAUCCCACUGAUAUCGAGGACCUCGAUCCGGCACGCCGACCCGCAGACAGUGAAGGAGUGGCACCGCGACGAGGCGAUCCGCGUGCUGAAGUUUUUCCGGACCGCUGUUCUGGCCGAGCUGCGGCGCGAGGGUAGGAAAUGGGAGUGGGCGAAGCCGUCCGAAGACGAGGUGCAGGAGAGGCUCGCCGACUGCGACGAACCCCUUCGAGAUAAAGUUCCCGAUACCGUCCGGGACUCGGACGCGGGCUCCGGCCUGCUAGCAAUGAGCGCGUUGAUCUGGGUUGUGAGGCGGUUCCAGCGCCUGACCGGCGACCUCCGUCGCAUUGCCACCAGCAUGGACAAGCCCACCGUCUCGGGGUUGAAGGCGCUGCGGAACGAGAUGGUAGCCCUCAUCAAGAAGCAAGUCCCGCUCAUACGGUCGGGGAAAACCGUUGUUGCUGCCGACGCCUGUGACGACGACGGCGAGGAAGUCCAUUCUGCAUCCGUACCAGUAGGGGUCGCCCCGAACGUCGCUGAUGCGCGUGGCAAGUCGGGAGUCGGCGUCGACGAGGCCGAUGCGGCCGCAGGAAAGGGGGUGACCGGGACCGAGGUUGUUCACGGGGAUGAUGAUGGGGUCCAGGAUCGCGAGGAGGAACGUGAGGGUGAGGGGGGCUUGGAGGAGUCGUCGGGGUCGAUGUCGGGGUCGAGGUCGGGGUCGGGAUCGGGCUCGGAGUCGGAGUCGGAGGAGGAGCAGGAGCAGGAGACGCAGGAGCACGAGAGGCAGCACCAGGAGGAGCAGUUGGUAGAGGUGGAGGACGUGGAAAUGGCGGAGGGGUACGUUGUCGGAGGAGCGGAGGGGUACGUUGUCGGAGGAGCGGAGGAAACGGGUGGGAGAUCGGCGGAUGUCGAGAACGACGAAGGGGAGGGGAAGGGUGCGACAGCGAAUAUCGGCGAGGUCGGCGUGGAGGCGGCUCACGGAGGUGGUGGCAUGGUCGAGGUCGGUGAAGGGGAUAACGCCGCGGUCCCGGAGCAGAGGGGCGUGGAUGUGCAUACCGAUGCCACCGCGGAGAAGGCCGGCGGGGAGCGGUCUAGGAGGAAGAAGGCGGCGAGCGGUCAUCCCGGUUCCACCGCGGCUGGGCGGCAGGCGCGGCUGGACGUCGUCGAUCAGCUGAGGGCGGAGAACAGGCGAUUGCGUGCAGACAAUGCACUCCUUGAACGGCGGCUCGGUGAGCAGACGGGGCGGGUCGACAGCUUGGCGGCGGCAUUAGCUGGGCUCCUCGAGAAGUUGAAGGGUUUGACCGCCCAGGUCGCCGACACCGACCGGAAAUCGGAGGAGCGCCUCAAAGAGGCCACGUCGACCAUGGCGACCACAAUCACCGAGGGCCUCACCGACAACAUGGACAGCGCCAUUCAAUCGGCCAAGUCCUUCGCCGAGCUAGCGAGGCAGACGCUGCUGGAUCUUGACGACCCCAAGGGACGAGCGGCGGUCGCACGCGCGACCGCGGUGAAGACAGUGACCGAGCACGUGACGGCGGAGGUGGGCGAGGCGAGGAAGGGGUUGGAGGAGUCGUUCAUCAAAUACAUCGGCGCCGCGCAGACCAACAUUGCCGCCGCCGUCGCGCCCCGCCUAGUCCAGCCGCCGCCGCCGCCUACCGGCCCAGCGCAGGCCUUGCCGGAAGAUUUCCUGAAGUCUUUCAAGGAGGACGUGCUGAAGGCGGUGACGGAGACCACGCAGCAGUCCUUCCUCGCCUCCGGACUGAAGAUAAUGGCCGAGGUCGUCGGCACGGUGGCGUAUGCUCGGCGUGGGUCGUCGCCGUCGGCAAACGACGCCGGCCAAGCGCAACCUACGGAGGGCUUGAAGCUGGGUCACAAGAGGCAGGGAGGCGGCGGGGGGGGCGACGGGGACAAUUCGGCGAACACGAAGCGGAGCAAGGGAGGCGGGGGGUCUGGCGGCGGUGGGAGCAUGGGAGCCGGCGACGGCAGUUCGUUGAAGCAGUCGGGGAAGAGCGUGGUCGACAUCCUCAGGAAGCACUGGGCUCAGGUUGGAGCGGCCAGCACGGGCCAUGGUGGUGGGGGUCCCGCCGACGAGCAUGCCACUGAUGACGCACUGCCAAUGGCUCCGCCUUCGGUCGGCGUUAAGCCACCACGACAGGGUAGCGGUGUGAAAGGCCUGCGCGACAAGGAGAAGGCCGCCGCCAAAACGGCCCCUGGCGGGUCCGCGAAAGCUGGCCAGGGCCCGAAGACAGGGGUUGCGGAGGCGUCAGCGGUUCCUCACCAGUCUCCCGCGGGUGCACGCCAUCCGACCGGACCGUCUGCCGGGCGACCUACCGACGUCCCGCGCCAUGCCGACGUACCGUCUGCCGACAAGGUUGGCCGCGCGGGAAAAGGGGCGGCAGUUGCGGACGCGCUCAAGGAGCAGCUCAGGCUCCUAGCCGGCCACAGGGCUGUUCAACAGGCCCCCCCUGCUGUCGACGUCCCAUCGGCCAGUGGGCCACGUGUAGUGCCGGUCGUCGCCGCCCGUACUCCUGCAGACCCAAAGUCCGCGUUGUUGCGCGCCCAGCUGGGCGCACUAGCGUCGACUGAGAGGACUCAGCAGGCUUCUGGCUCUGGCUCUAAGCCGUCGUCGGCGAAUGUCGCACCACCCACCCAUGUGGCAGCUGAUGUGGAGAAGGCGGCGGAGAAGGGCGUUCGUGCCGCGCUUGCCACCGGCGGCGGCGCCGUUGAGGAGGUCCCCGCAGACGCUGAUAUCGCUGCCAUACAGGCCCAUCUGGAUGCAGCCAAUCCCCGAACCCUGGCCAUCUCCGACACGGAACAUGUGGAGCCUUCGGCGGGACUCGUCGGCAUCGCGGCAGAGCCUAGUGCGACCGGUGAUGCGGUCGGUGAGGGAAAGUCGAAACGGAAGGGGAAGGCGGGCUCACAGAGGAAGACGCGGGAGAAGUCGGAGGUGAAGGCGGCGGAUAAACAGAAGGGGAUGGCGGCGGAGACGGCGGCGGACAAAGAUCGAGGCGGCAUUGGGGAGGUUGAAGGGAAAGGGGAGAAUCAGAAGUCGCCCGGCGAGGGUACGUCGACGGGGAGGAAGGGGAAGGACAAGUCGGUCGGAGAAGGUGCGUCGACCGGGAGAAAGGGGAAGGAGAAGGCGGUCGGCGAGGGUUCCUCGAAGGGGAGAAAGGGAAAGAGGAAGGCGGAGGAGGAGGAUGAGGAUGUCGAGGAGGUGGAGGAGGUCGAGCAGGAGGAAGAGGAGGAGGAGGAGGAGGAGGAGGAGGGGAAGGGCAAGGAGAGGAGGGGUCAUGGCAUCCGACACGAUACCUCGGGCGACAAGCAAGGGUGGGUCGGCGAGAUUAAGGUGCACGGCAUCAAUCGAUACAUCGGCAAGUCGCGGGACAAGAUGGAGCUCGCGUACGUUCACUCCAUCGCGUACGUCGUCUACGACGGUUUCGUGAGCAAGGUGCUCAUGACCGAGCUCACCGGCUUGGACAGCGCCGAAUUGGAGAGGUGGAAGGAGGUGUGGGAGGAGGUCAGGAUCUUGCCGACAGGGAUGUGGACGGUGAUGUGGGCCCGGGGUACGCUCCUUCCAAAGACACGGCUGACGGAGAUCCUCGACGCGUAUCGCCAUUACAAGUCCACAGGCGAUUCUCUCCACGCCGCGCUCCUGCCAGCGAUAUGGUACCCAGUCGAUGCUAGCACCGAGGAAGGCCGGGAGAAGUCGGCGUCCAUGAUGUCGGCGAUGAUAGGCCGCGUGUCAAUGUGCGCUGCAUAUGGGAAGACCGCUGCGGCAGCGGCGAUGAAGGAGGGAGACAAGGAGGAGAAGACGGAUAUGGCGGCAUGGGCGUUAGCAGCAUCCGCAUGCGCUGUGUGGUGCUUCGUCGAGAACGGCGAUGCCCAGCUGGCGGAUGCUGUGGAAGAAGGGAAGUCGGCGGCGAUCAUCGGCGGAGCGAGCCAGGCGACCGCCGAUGUAUUCGGAAAAGUCAUGGAGGCGGUGCUGAAAGCCGAGAUGAACAGGGACCGCCCCUUGGGAGAGGUUGCCUACAACGUCGCGCCAGCACUCCAGAGGACCGCCCUUGAUACGGUAUAUCCGGGGGGGAAUGCUGGAGUAGAUGCCGACGUUAUCGCUAGAGCGACGGUUGAGACGAUGGCGUUUUGGGGAAUGUGCCCCGUCGCCGGGCCGAAACUAAGAGCGAGGGACAUCGCGGUGCCGAUUGACGCGCAGAUGAAGGCCGAUCUUGACAACAGGGGGAGGAAGGGUCUGAGGGGCAAGAAGGGGACGAAGACCAAGGGCGGCACGGAGAAGGUCAAGAAGUCGAAGAAGGACAGCACGACGGCCUAG